GCUGUGCAGUGCAGCCACCAUCCCUUCUGCACCCUCAGCUGCGUGCCCAGUGGGGUCCCAUCUCAGCCCUCAGCAUGCCCCUGCCACACGUGGUGGCUUGACUGGAACCCGCGCAGCAGGGAGGGAAGACUGACUCUGGGAAGGAUACUUGUCGGUCACCCCUGAUUAGCCAUGGCAGCGGCAGCCAGGACAGGCAGGACUACGGCCUCCCCACACACCAGCAUCACCACCACGGCUUGGCCGGGCUCCCUGGACAGCUGGCUUAGCUGGAUCCCAUUACCCAAAUGGGCGCUCAUCACCGUGGCUGUGGCAGGGGCCAUUCUCCUCCUUCUCUUCCUCAUCUGCAUCACCAAGUGCUGCUGUAGCAAGAAGAAGUCCAAGAAGAAAGAGAGAAUUGGCUUGUGCGCCGUCAGCAACUCCACCACGACCAACCUUGUCCAGCCUGAGAUGGAAGACCUGGAGUGGGAAGUAGAGCAGAAGCGGCGAGGAAAGCUGCAGUACUCCCUGGAGUACAACUUCCACAUACAGGAGCUGAAGGUUGGUGUGAAGCAGGCAGUUGAGCUGAAGGCCAUGGACAGCGGAGGCACAUCUGAUCCGUAUGUGAUUGUCUACCUAACAUCCAAUACGAAGAAGAGAUAUGAGACCAAGGUUUACCGCAAGACCCUGAACCCCAUCUUCAACGAGAGCUUCACUUUCCAGGUACGCCAGGCUGAGGUGUCUGAAUCCACACUGGUGAUGCAGAUUUAUGACUUCAACCGCUUUUCCAAGCAUGACAUCAUUGGUGAGGUCCGGUUGCCCCUGGCCAACAUCAACCUGCAGCAUGUCAUCGAGCAGUGGAGUGACCUGGAGGUGGCCAGUAAAGUGGAGGAAGAGCAUCUGGGUGAGAUCUGCUUCUCACUGCGCUACGUCCCCAGCACUGGCAAGCUGACGGUGCUCAUCCUUGAAGCCAAGCAGUUGAAGCGGAUGGACUCUAAUGGACUCUCAGAUACUCCAACUUUGGGCAGUGCUGGACGUAUCUCCCAGGAGAAGAUGUCAUGGCUGGAUUGUACAGGGAGCUUGGCAGGAGGAAAUCCUUUUGUCAAGGUGCAUCUCAUACUGAACAGGAAGAAAUGGAAGAAAAAAAGGACAAGUGUGAAGAAAAACACCUUAAGCCCUUACUUCAACGAGGUGUUUGUUUUUGAGGUGCCUUUCAGUCAGAUCCAGAAUGUGGACGUGGUCAUCUCUGUCUGGGAUCAUGACAAAGUGACCAAGAAUGAGCCCAUUGGCAAACUCUUCCUGGGCUGCCGAGCCACAGGCAACCAGCUGCGGCACUGGUCUGACAUGCUGUCCAACCCACGCCGACCCCUCGCCCAGUGGCACAUCCUGCAGCCCCCAGAGGUGGUGGACAAGGCCCUGGGACUGAAGUCCCACCUCAAGCUGCCCCUGCACUCCAGAUAGUGGGGCUCUCCUUCUCCACCCAGGGAGCAGGAUGGUGGGCUUGUGGAGGAGUGAGGGGCUUCUGCUCAGCAAGCUCUAGAUAUGUUGGUCCCAGCUCAUUGUCAGCAAAGAGGGGACUGUGACUCCUUCUGGCCAAGAGAUGAUCUGGCUGCUGGGGCAGCUCAUGCUCUGUGUAACGCCUGGGACAGGGCAGCUCGGCAUCUCAGGGCAAGGCUGGACGUGGAGCAGAGGGUGCUAGAGGGGAUGGCAUGGGUGUAGGAGCCUGCCCACCCCAACUGCUUAUGGGCUGCAGGUGGAAAUACACAGAGCUUCAGGCUCAUGCAAAACAGAGUCCAUUGAUAUUUAUAAAGCAGAGGUGCUGGUGGCAUGGCUGAAUAACUUGUGAAUAACUUGGCAAGAAGUGUGUUCUUGAGAACACUUCAUGUGUCCUGUGAAGGCUUUUAAACAAGACCAAGGUACUGAAGUAUUGCUAGUGGACAUGCAGUAUGAAGCAAGGGUUCAGUCACAAGCAGCAGCUGAGGUUUAUUUUCAGGAGGCAGAAGCCUUUAUUUUGCGGUUUUCAACCCUUUUUAUGAGGUGUUCCGAUACAGGUUAACCUGACUGCUACAAGGAACACCACCUCCCUCAUCCCAUUGGUGGGACAAGAGAAAAACACUCUCAGAACAUCUGUGUCCUUGUUUUGGGAACCAAAAUCUUAUUUAACACAACAGUCUUUGAGAGAGAAAAAGUUUCCCAAAAGGCUUUCCCUUGGGAAAACAGAUCAGCCCCUGAGAGCCUGAAACUCUCACAGGUUCAGAAAAUCACGUCCACACUGAAGAAUCUAAGAGGCUUGAGAGGAAUACAGGUGGAUGAGGAAGGUGUUGGGAGAUGUUGGACUAGCUCUUUAGUGCCUCUGCAAUGUGUGCUCUGUGUCCUGGCUAGAGGCUAAAUGAGAAGCUUCACACAGCCUACUCUCAGCCCAUGGCAAUUUGUGUACGCUAAGAUGUGACUCACGCUCUGGGACUCACCAGUGACCAUCCUCAUGGACCACAUGGAUGAAGAUGCAGUGUCAGCUCCAUCCACCUCAUAUGGUCCUACAGGAGUGGCACAGCAAGGUUCGCAACUCUGGCACCUGGAGGUCCUGCCAGGGUGGAGGGGCUGAGGCUCUUGCUUUCACACUUGUGGUCACACCACCCUGGUAAAGGCUGGCUUGCAGCCCUCACGUCACUUCUGGGCAGGUUUCAUGUUUAAACUGGGAGUUUUUUUGUGGCCACAUGUCCUGCCCCACCCUACUUUGUGGGCCCUUGGUGUGGAGGCUACGUAAGUAAAGAUCUCUCCUAGAAAGAUGAGGGCAUCAGAGUGGUGCCCCUACAUGCUCUUGAGUUUGCUGCAGUUUGGGGUGACUCCAGAGCACUUCUGUGAGCCAUCUGCAGGAGGAAGCUCCCUGCACUGGGCUAGAGGAGGAAGGAAUCGCUCCUGUUCUAAAAUGCUUCUACAAGAAGCAGCCACAGAACAUAAGAUCUGGGCUCAUGCUGUGGAAAUUUGGCCCCAAAGAUAAAAAUCCUUUUCACCACAGGGAGCUGCAGGCACAGUGCUAAUAGCUAUUGCCUGGGCUCUGGAGGGGAGAGAGCCUGGCACAUUAAUGAAAAGCUAUUAAUAUUAAAAAGCAGUUAAUCUGUGAUUACCCAGAGCACCACAGAGCGACUAUCCAAGAGUUAAACAGACACGAAGCUGAGGAAGAUUAUGGAAAGUCUUGAUAGAGAUUAAUGACCUGAGCUUAACCAUAAAAAGCUGCUGCUAUGUCUGCCUCUUGAUGAAUAUUCUCCAGGCUUCACUGUGGCUGUGAGGAGGGGAGAAAUGACAGGGUGGUUUUGAGAUGACUGUAACAAGUGAAGUGUGGCUUCUGCUGGGGAAACAGCAUCUGCUGGCAGCUGCUAAUGAGAUGGAGAAGGAAAUCAGUCACCUGAGAAAGACUUGUAACGGGAUGUUUUAAAGCCUCAGCCUUCAGUCUCAACCUUAGAAUUAGCCUAGAGCAGGCUGUGCAGAAGGGAACGUCUCUGAAUUAUGUUUGGGGCUCCAAAUCUAUUGCCAGGCUGGUUUUUGGUGAUGUUGUUGUGGUGAUUUAGGGCCAUGCAGCAUCCAGAAAGGGCUUUUGGAGGUGUUUGGAACAGGCAGUUCUUAUUUGUGUGUGUGUGUGUGUGCUUUUUCCAGUCCCUCUAUUUUGAAGUCAUAGCCUUGAGGUUCACUGCAUAAUUUAUGGGGCUGGGCAUAAAAGUAUGUGCAUAUUAGUCCCAAAACAGAUGCAGCUGAAGGAGAUCAGAGACAGCCCCUCCUUGAGAAACAUUACUCCCCAAACCAGUGCCUGCCCCUUCUCUCUCCAGCUUUGGCCUUGCUCAGUGCCUGGAUUGCCAGCGCAGUGCUGGGUGAGCAGAGCUGGAGAGGGAAGGCCAUGGUGGUUUUAAGGGAAAGGCCAAGGAAUGUGGGAGUGAGCACCCAGCUGGGCAACCUGGAGUGAGUCUUUGUGCAGUAAAACUCAGCAAACCGAGUUGUUUGUUCAGGAGGGAGAGGCAAGCAGGUGGGGAUGUUCUCCACCCAGCUCCAGUUUUUAAUGUGCUGCCAAGGCUGCUUUUUCCCUCCGUCAUCAUCUCUCCUUCUCAGUAAGCCUUAUGUGCAUACAACACAGCUUUGUGCACUCUCCUCCUCUGGCAGGAUCCUCUUAGUGUCUGCUGGCAGCUGUUUGAAGCAGGGCUGGUGGAUCUGGGCUUCAUUUCAUGCCUUAUUUCACCCCAAAUGAACACAGCCUGCUUGGAAGCCUGUUUGCAGGAAGGCAGACAGCCCUGUCUCGUGUGCAAGCCAUCUCCCUUUCACCUCCCUGUGGCCUUGGUGGGGGUGGUUGUACCUCAUCGAUCAAAGCCAGGUGUCUGAGCAUCUUCUGCGUCACCAAUGCUCCUCCUGCACUCGGAGGGCGGAAGAUGCGACAAGAAAAGUAAAGGAGGGGGAAAAGCAGCUCCUCUUCAGCUUGUGUCCGCUGGAUUCCCGUGUCUGCAUCUAGAGGGCAGGCCAGUACGUGCUCUGAGCUGGGUCUCUGUCUCAUCUGGUCUGUGGCCCCUGUUGGAGCCUCACCAGCCAAGAUUUCUUCUGGAGAUGGAACCUGUGUUCAAGAGGGAGAGAAAGCAGCGAUGCUGUGCAAGCUUGUUCCCAUGGCUGCAGAGCCUGUUGGUAGCCAUGUGGCAAUGCUGGAGAUGUCUGAGUGGCUUUUUCCAGGAGACAGGAGCCAGCCUUUGCCUGAUCCUGCAUCACAGGGGCAAAGAGGGUCUUGCUGGUGGUUAAGGGGAGCACAAGCAGAUAUCCAAGCCAUCCAAGGUGCCCAGGUGGUGGAUGGGGAGUUUGUCUCUCUACAUUUGAUUAGCAGCUUUGCGGGUCAGUGGCAAGGCAAAAAGCAGGGCUUGGGCCAAGCAGAGGUAUGUUAGAAGAGACAAGCACUGAAAAUUGAGGUGUUUGUUUGUUAUAAAGAUUCACAAUCUCGAUUAUUUACAUCCAGAGCUAAGACUUUUGACCUCCAGAAGUCCCUCCCAAAGUGAAUUAUUCCCUCAUUCAGUGAUUUUUUUUUGGUUACUUGUCCCUGCACUCAAGGAAAUCAAAUGGGAGGGCUGCACAAGGAGAAGGCUGAGCCUCGUGUGUGCUUGUCACCAGUCAUCUGCAGUGAGACAAAAAUGAUUACGGGCUGUCAUGUUCGGCCUGGGUAUGGGCUGGCUGUCCUCCAGCCACAGAUUUUUUGGCUAGUCUUAGAGUUUUUGAGAGCUGGAGAGCAUCUAAGCUCUUCUCACUAGAAGCAAGCAUGCCUGCUUUAUAAAUAUUCCUUAGCUAGCAUCUUUAUGCCUUGCAAUUUUAUGGGCAAAAUGUGUACUUUCAUCAUUCAUGGGCUUAUUUUUAAAAGCUCCAGCUCCUGGAUCCUUAUUCCCUUUCUCUAACCUCUUUCUCCUACCCUUUUUUCCCCUUUUUCUUCCUCCCUUUUCCCAGCUCCUUUCUCAUGCUCUGACUGCUGCUGGGGCUCUUGUAUCUGGGGCUGUUCCUGCCUCAGGUUGGGCUUGUUUUGCCUCUGGAUACAGAAAUAUUGUUUGGAUCACUUUACGUGUCAAUGCACCUUGCCCUGCCAUGGGCAGGAAGGGAGGGGUAGAAACCCCAAACAGUCCAGUCUGAGAAACAGGAAUAAUAAUGGGUGCACAGAGCUGCUUCCCAAAGUUCCAAUUUGAACAGACUUCUCAUUUCUCCAUAUUUCAGGUCUAGGUAGGAUGGAACCAAAGGAGAAGCAGCAUGAGGAUUUCAUAUCUUUCAUGCUGCUGGGCAAAAAGUGCACCCUGAAGAAGUUUGGCGUUCCAGGUGAAUGGGUACCCCUGAGUGAUGACUUGUUGUGUGUCAACAAGAUGGGAAUUUCUCAACCAGCUUUGCUGACUUCACAGAGAGGUGAUUAAACCGCUGCAGGCACUUACUGCCACUCAAUUUGAGCAGAAACAAGCACAGUCAGUUAGGAAGAGGAGUUUAAGUGAGCUGAAAAGAGGCCUUGGCCUGCAAACAACCCAACCCAUAUUGUAUUUUACAUUCUGUGAGCAGCAUCUGGGAAGAUGAUGGGUUUGCAAACAAGUGUUUCAUAACCCUGCUCAUGAACAUGGACAUUGCAGAUGUCUGAAAAGCCUGAAAAGCUCUCUGUGGGAAAUGGGCACUUUGAGUUGUGCAUCAAUCAAUUGCUGACUUUGUAAAAGAAACAAUGCACCCUUGGAAGAGCCGGUGAAGAGCCCAGUGCCCAUGAAAGAGGUGGCUGUCUCACGUGGAAACCAGCCCAGCUGGCGUCUGGUUUUGCCCUGGAUAGACAGCAUUUUCCUCUUAACUUUUACAUACAAGUCAGAGCAAUUUAGACAUAGAAGCCUGAAUCUUGGCAUGAAGGUUUUCACUUAAAACAGCCCAGUUAAAACACUUGGCUUUGAUGUUCACUCUGGAUGAGACAAAGGAGGUGUUCAUACUUGCAAAAGCCUCUGCUGAAGGUUUCUCUGCUUUGAAUGCACUCAUCCCACACCACCCUCAACUUUUGCACAUGUGCUAAACUCAGGUCUGCCUUCAUAAAAGAAAAUUCAUGUCUCAGAUACUCUGUGAAUUAGUUGGCUUUGAGUAUGUUCUUGAGAGAUGCUCAGUGGGGCUGGGGGUUGAGUUUUCCUGGUGCAGCCCUGUCCUGCUCUGAGCUUUCUAUCCUCUCUGUUACCAAACCUGUAUGAGAAGCACCUCCAGAAGAGCUUCCAGAGGCCCAUCUCCUUGCAGCUGUCUUCUCCCAAGGCUCUCUCAAAGUGUGCAGGUAGCUGAGGCUGCUAAGGGUCUUGCAGUUGACAGUUUUGUUUUUUAUUUUUUGUAAAAUGAGGUGUCUGGGGUCACACAGCAUUUACAAAAGGCCAGUGUGCUUGGAAUGGAUAAAUUCUGGAGAAUCAUUCCUUGCAUGGCUGCUGGUUUGUAGAGCAAUUGCUGAUCUUGGGGAGAGAACAGCUUUGUGAUUUAUCAGUUUUUCUUGAGCUCUGUGGCCUUUUCUUUUUAACUAACACCAUGUUCUUCCUGCUGCUUUGUCUUGGCACAGAGAACCUGAAAGACCUUUUGAGAACAAAGACAUGUUUCAGCCGUACCCAUUUGAGCACACAGAGGUCUCAUCUUGUUCCCCAGACAUAUUUUGGGUCAUACCCUAGUCUUAACCAGGCUUUGAGGAUGUGCAUAUACAUGAAGGAUUGGGAUCAGGUGUUGGGUCACUUGGGUAAUACUAUCCAGGGGCAAGCUGAGUGGAAAUUCCAGAGGGAUCACCUCCUGUACACAUUAAAUGCUGAAGGCCUGGGCACGGACCAGCGCUGGUCAGAGGUGUUCACUUUCCAGGGGGCUGCCAACUCAGUCUGGGGUCAUGGAGGAAGGGCCACCCUGUGGAACAGUCCAAGGCUUCUGGUCCUCGACAGAAGUGAGAAAAGCUCCUGACAGGAGUGAGGUUUGUGCCCAGACCUGUGCUGGGAA